AUGCCGACUACCAAAGCACGCAAAAGUACAACUAACCCGGUGGAAUCUGUUGAGAAGGGCACCGAAGCUGACACUGGUCUGCACACAGCUCCUACUUCUGCUGCUAGCUCUCCUGUUGCGAAGAAAACAGGGGUAGUGACAAGAAAGGGUGACGACAAGUCAGACAAGGAAAAGGAUACCACGAAGCCUGUGGGUGGCAACAUUCAGUCCAAAGCUGGAGGAUCUUCCCGAUACACUGGACGAAUUCAGUGGUUCUGGGUUAAGCGAGGUCGGGGCAUGAUAUCUUCUACGGAGGUCAAAGGCGACCUGGAAGUUACUAAGGAUUCCUUCAAAGACUCUGGAGGGAAGGAGUUCUGGUUCCCAACGGCCGAUGAUGAGGUUACAUUCGAUCUGUCUCUGGAAGGUGGUAAAUUCGUUCCAACAAACGUCCAAGUCACGAAGUAUCAUCAUUUCCCUGGAGGUCCAAAAGCGCUUGAGAAGCUCAUCGCAGCCGGCAAGAUAGCUGCACCUCAAGAAACUACGGAGGCUGUUGCCGAGAUCAAAAAAACAAAGGAGACGGCGGUGAAGAAAGGGGAGAAGACUGAGGCGAGUGGGAAGUCUGAGGAGAAGAAGAUCUGCGUCAUUCCAUUGGAAACCCGCAAAGCCUCCGAGUCCCUUACUCACCCAACACGCAAGCUGUCCAAGGAUGCCCCAGAGUUUAUACCACAUUCACAAACAUCGCCGAACGGGACAUAUACCGUGGGUGAUGAGAGCGGUCUUGCUCCUGCUGCUACUUCUACUACUAGCACUCCCCUUGGUGGCCAUUUGGAAACCGACUACUGGGCUGAGGCCGCGAGGAAGGUGUCUUCUACUUCGUUGCAUGUGGCGGCCGACUCGGAUUCUCUACCAAUAACCUACGCUCAGCUACUACAUUUACAGGACUUCUACGAGGCUAUCAAACACGCUGAAGCUCUUAGUCAGAAGAAGGGAGCACCAAAAGAGGCAAUGCCCCCAGCAAUGUCGCUGACGACUCCCGGGAAGGGGGUGAUGGUGUGAUUCGAAUUCUUAUAUGUUCGGAAGUUCUGAGAAUCUUUUUACUAUUUCAUUGUCCCCACAACUUCUUCUCGUGCAGUAGAUGUAUUCCUCAUGAUGACAGUCAACUCGACUGCACCUUUGUAGUUGAUUUACAUUGAAUACAUUCCCGAAUGUAAUAAAAAUGCUCAAACUACCAGUAGAUAGAGAUUUCUCAUGU